AUGAUAUUUGCUGUGAAGAAGAUCAAUGAAGACCUCCAGCUCUUACUUAAUACCACCUUGGGCUUCAGAAUCUACGAUAGCUAUGCUGGGGCACAGAUGUAUCAUGCCACAAUGGAAGUUUUCUCCAGUCAGAACAGAUUCAUUCCCCAUUACAAGUGUGGCAUCCUGAACAAACACGUAUCGGUUGUCAGGACUAUUGAUCCUGGAAAUGCUUUUGAUUUUAGACACUUACAAAGAUCCACAGGGACAGGUGAGAUCAUAAUGAUCUCUCAGACGGAUUUUUAUUCUAAGGUCAUAGACAGAAGAGUCCUAAUUAAAUAUUACCAGCAUAUUUUGGCCAUGAUAUUUGCUGUGAAGAAGAUCAAUGAAGAUCUCCAGCUCUUACCUAACAUCACCUUGGGCUUCAGAAUCUAUGAUAGCUAUGGUGGGGAACAGACAUAUCAUGCCACAAUGGAACUUUUCUCCAGUCAGAACAGAUUCAUUCCCAACUACAAGUGUGGCCUCCUGAACAAACUCAUAUCGGUUGUUGGGGCUCCUGCAAUUUCUUUUGAUAUGGCAGAUAUUUUAGGCACUUACAAAGUUCCACAGUUGCUAUUUGGCUCUCCUCCAAGCAUGAAUGGUAAAACUGAAAUCCCCUUCUAUUACCACAUGGAUCCUGGGGAAGACUUCCAUUUCAGAGGGAUUAUUCAACUACUUUUGCACUUCAGGUGGACCUGGGUUGGCAUACUUGUGAAAGGAGAUGGUGCAGCAGAAUAUUAUCAACUCAACUUUCCAAUGUUUUCUCUCCAUGGUAUCUGUAUUGCCUUUUUAGAACAACUCAAGCCAUUUUAUAUUAAUACAAUUUCUGAUGACCUGAAAUCUCUUGUGAAAACAUUUCAUCUUUUUAGUAACACUAAAGCCAAUGCUGUGAUAAGCAAUGAUAAUCAUGUUUUCUAUUUGAGAUUGCUGUUAUAUCUACCUGAAAUAGAAACAGUUUCUACAAAGCCAAAAGGUAAGGUGUGGAUCGUGGCUUCCAGAAUGGGACUUGCAUCAUUCUUUUAUCAGAAGAACUGGGAUAUCCAAGUUCUUCAUGGUGCUCUGGCCUUUGAAACUUUUUCAAAUGAAGUUGAAGGAUUCCAGCAUUUUCUUCAGACAAGAAACCAUUUCUCAUUCUUUCAUCAAGAUGGCUUCAUUAAAGAUGUGUGGGAGCAGGCCUUUGGCUGUGUAUUUCCAAAUCCACCUGUGAAUGAGGAAACAGAGAAUGUCUGCACUGGGAAAGAGAAACUGGAGAGCCUCCCUGGGGCUUUUUUUGAAAUGAGCAUGACCAGUCAUAGUUACAGUAUAUACAACGCAGUGUAUGCUGUGGCCCAUGCUUUACACACCAUGCAGUUGAGGCCACAACCACACCAGAGAAUGUUCAGUGACAGGAAAUUGAAUCUUCUGGAGGUAGAGCCAUGGCAGCUUCACUUCUUUUUGAAAAGAGCCUCAUUUAACAACAAUGCUGGGGAUGAAAUUUCAUUUGGUCAAAAUGGAGAACUGGUUACAGGACUGGAUAUUGAGAACUGGGUCACAUUCCCAAACCAGUCCUUCCAACGCGUGAAAGUUGGAAAGCUGGAUCCCUGGGCUUCUGAAGAGAAAAAGCUCACCAUUCACGAGGAAGCCAUCACCUGGCACAGCACUUUCAACCAAACCAUGCCUGUUUCGGUGUGUACCGAGAGCUGCCUCCCUGGUUAUUUCAGGAGAAAGCAGGAGGGGAAGCCAUUUUGCUGCUAUGAUUGCCUUCCAUGUCCCAAAGAGAAAAUGUCAAGCCAGAAGGACAUGGGUGACUGCUCCAACUGUCCAGAAGGUCAAUAUCCGAGCAAAGAUCAAGAUUCAUGUAUUCCCAAAAAAAUAUCCUUCUUGUCCUAUGAAGAAUCAAUGGGAAUAAGUCUAGUUAUUUUGGCACUUUUCCUUUCUUUCUGCACACUUGUGGUGCUGGCAAUAUUUUUGAAGUAUCACAAUACUCCUAUCGUCAAGGCCAAUAACCGAAAUCUCACCUAUGUUCUACUCAUCUCCCUCAUCCUCUGCUUCCUUUGCUCACUACAGUUCCUCGUUGCACCUGGAAAUAUAAUAUGUCUCCUCCGACAAAUUAGCUUUGGUGUCGUCUUCUCAGUGGCUGUAUCUUCUGUGUUGGCAAAAACCAUCACUGUGGUUCUGGCUUUCAUCGUCACCAAGCCAGGAUCCAGGAUGAGGAAAUGGCUGGGAAGAGGACUGGCCAUUUCCAUUGUUCUUUCUUGUUCCUUGAUUCAAACAGGAAUCUGCACACUCUGGUCGUUCACAUUUCCACCUUUCCCUGACCUUGACACCCAUUCAGAAAUUGAGGAAAUCAUCCUGCAGUGCAAUGAAGGCUCAGCUACCAUGUUCUACUGUGUCCUGGGCUACAUGGGCUUUCUGGCAGCUGCCAGUUUCACCGUAGCUUUUUUCUCCAGGAAGCUUCCCAGCAGUUUCAACGAGGCCAAAUGUCUCACAUUCAGCAUGCUGAUCUUCUGCAGUGUGUGGCUCUCCUUUGUUCCCUCCUACCUGAGCACCAAAGGGAAAUACAUGGUAGCUGUGGAGGUUUUCUCCAUUUUGGCUUCUAGUGCUGGGUUGCUGGGCUGCAUAUAUUUCCCCAAAUGUUACAUAAUUAUUCUUAGGCCAGACCUGAACAAUAGAAAACAACUCAUAAUGAGAAAAACAUUAUAA